AUGUCUGUUGACGAGCUGAAAAUACGUGAAGAGCUAGAGAUCGACGUGGAAAGCAAUCUAGAGGGAGAAAUCAAAGAAGAAAUUUACCAUCUUGCCUUAAAGCUGCAUAGACUAUACCAACACCAAAAGCAAAAGACACUACUAAUGAACCAAUCAUCUCAUGAUCACGAAAACAACGCUAGAAAGAAAAUGUUGACUGAAGUCAACAUCAACAUAAAAUUAGAAGGCGGGACAACUAUUCGAAUAAACGAGAUCAAGAAAGAGGGUCGUGGGGGAGGACUAGCACGAAUUGCUAAGGGAAAGGGAUUGGGCCUUGGGCCCAAUAGAAAUCGUCGGGCUAAGUUCGAUUGGGCCGGGAGCCUUAGAUCAAAAGAAUCAAGCGAGAUGAUUGUUAAUCACGGGCCGGAUAGAAAGCGGGAUAGUGUGAGGGGUUUGGUGAAGGAUAAGAAAAAUGGAUAUGGAAAUGAAGGGAACACAAAUAAGGGAGAAUGGAAAUAUUAG